AUGUAUCAGCUUACACUAUGGGUGAUGGUACUCUGCCUUGUUCAGUCUGGCAGUUCACAAACAACAGAUAUUGACGGCACACCGAACCAGGACACUACACCGAAACCAAUGAUUACCCAAGACCCAUGGGCAACACCCUUUUACUGUGGUAGAAGUUAUAACAUUCCAAGUUGGAGUUAUAUAGAGAUUACAUCACCAUUCUAUCCUAACGACUACCCUAAUGAUGCACGAUGUGACUGGGUGAUAUAUGCAGCGUAUUCCUACCGAAAUAUUUACGUAGAAUUCUAUAACUUCGAUACUGAGUCGUGUUGUGACUUUGUUUCCGUUGGUAACGGCGAUACACCUGGCGUGUCCGUUGUAAUAGACAGACACUCGGGGUCAAAAUUGCCUCAAAGUUUCUAUUCAAGUGGUAGAACGGUAUGGUUGAGGUUUUAUUCGGACAGUUCAGUGACUAAUAGUGGGUUUCGUGUACGCAUGUACGAUCAAGAAGCAUUUACGACUAAAGAUCGUCAAACAACAGAUGUCGAUUUUACCACUCCAAAUGUAUGGCCAGACAGAACAACGGAAAGAAUGAAUACCCAAGACCCGUGGGCAACAGCCUUUUACUGUGGUAGAAGUUAUAACAUUCCAAGUUGGAGUUAUAUAGAGAUUACAUCACCAUUCUAUCCUAACGACUACCCUAAUGAUGCACGAUGUGACUGGGUGAUAUAUGCAGCGUAUUCCUACCGAAAUAUUUACGUGGAAUUCUAUAACUUUGAUACUGAGUCGUGUUGUGACUAUGUUUCCGUUGGUAACGGAGAUACACCUGGCGUGUCCGUUGUAAUAGACAGACACUCCGGGUCAACAUUGCCUCAAAGUUUCUAUUCAAGCGGUAGAACGGUAUGGAUGAGGUUUUAUUCAGACGGAUCAGUGACUAAUAGUGGGUUUCGUGUACGCAUGUACGAUCAAGAAGAUUACGACUGUGUUGACACUUAUCAUCUACCACAGUGGGGAUCGAUUCAUAUCGAAUCACCAAAUUAUCCAGGGAAUUAUCCCAACAACUGCCGAUGUCAAUGGAUCGUGUAUGCCGAUGCGUAUUAUAGACGUCUUUACGUACACUUUAAUGACUUUGAAACAGAGGCAGGUUACGAUAACGUAUCUAUAGGCGACGGUUACAUAGUUGGUGAUAAUGUGAGAUUAGAUCAAUAUUCCGGAAGUUCGAAUCCACCCGCUAUUUAUUCCAACGAUGACGCUAUGUGGAUGACGUUUUACUCUGAUUCUUCCGUCACUCUUCGGGGAUUCCAAGCCCAUUUUCACGAAAUUGGAUCGUAUUCUACGUAUGAGCCAGUAACCACCGAUGAUCCAAAAACUACGGACGUACACACGACUACAGAAUACAUUGAAGAUGUGGUAGUUGAGUGUGGUGACACAUGGAUGAGAAUUGACAUCAGUCGCUCUAUUCUUGGUUCCAUAACUGAUGACGAUCUUCAACUUAUCGACCCUUCCUGCUAUGGUGCUGGAAAUGACACCCAUGUUAGUUUUGUGACGGACCACUCUGACUGUGGAACUACACAAACACAAACGACCGAGAACAUGAUUUAUCGUAAUAAAGUCAUCAAUCGUUGGGAGAUCGAAGACGUGAUUCGACGUGAAGCAGAAGUAGAGAUUCCAUUUCAGUGUAUUUACUCGAGAACAGGUCGUGCAGAAGCAAGCUUUGUGGUUAAUGAUGAUCAAGUCUUUCUGACGGAAACUGGUUAUGGUAACUUUUCAUUCACAUUGGAUUUCUACCCCGAUGGUUCCUAUAACGAGCCAUAUUCUGAUGAAGAGUACCCAAUAGAAGUGUCCCUGGGGCAGAUCCUUUUUGUCGGCGCUGCUGUUGAGACAAACCUGGAUGAUCUUGAGUUGUUCUUGGCUACGUGCAAAGCUACUCCUAGUGAAGAUGCAGACCAUUCUAUACAAUAUGCAAUCAUAGAAAAUGGGUGCAUCAUGGAUGAAACAGUACAGAUACAACCAACUGGUAACCCAGCUGAAAAACAUUUCUCGAUUCAAGCGUUUGAAUUUGUGGAUAGUCCUGGUGAAGUGAUUUAUAUUCACUGUGACAUGCUGGUAUGCAAUGCCUCUGACAUUUAUUCUCGAUGUGAAAUGGGAUGUAUCACCAAUGCGCGUAGAAAACGAGAUGGGGAAAUGGAAUCCUUAGUAUCCCAGUCUGUCAGUCAAGGUCCCAUCAGCCUUACCAAAAGGCAAUCGGGUGUGUUACAUGCUUUCACAGAUGACAGAAGUGAAGACUCUUACACGGGUCCUGGGUUAGUCGUGCUCCUGGGUGUAUUCUGCAUUGGCAUUUUAUUGGUGAUUUCCGCAAUCGUAUAUGUUGCUGGUCAAAGUACUAAACGGGCCAUGCCUUUGAUUGAAGAAUAUUAA